UUUUAUGCCUCUGCUUUCAUUCACUGGAUGCUCAGUGGCCCUUGAACAGCCAGGAUUUAACUGCUAACCGGCUGGCUAACAGGUGGUGCAUUGGGGAAACAGUGAGAGCACUGUUGCUGCAGCCAGCGUCAUGUGGAGGAGGCUCCAGACUCCGAUUCUUCUCCUCAUCCUCUGUGUUGGGAGCUUGGAGGCCUGGUUCUGGAGUCGCACACCUGAAAAAACAACAACAGAAGCGGUAAAGUUAGAUGCUACUACUACGCCCGUUUAUACAGUAAGGGAUGAAGGUUCUACAACAACGGUCAGUGGUACAACAGAAGAAGAGGAUGGGGCUACAGCCACAGCUACUAGUGCAAAGAUGGAACUGGAAAAUGCCACCAUGACAACCAGUGGUCCAAAGACAGAGGAGAAAGGUGUCACUGUGGCAGCUGGUAGUGUGACAGAGGAGGAAGGUUCUUCCACAACAGCAGAGAAGGAAGUAGGUGCUACAAGGACAUUCACUGGUGCAAAAGAGGAGGCAGAAGGUUCCACUGUGACAAUCAGUGUUGCAGCGACGGAGGUUCAAGGUCCCACCGUGACACCCAGUGGUGCCAAUCAGGAGGAGGAAGGGGCUGCGACAACUAACAGUGUAAAGGUGGAAGAGGAUGGUGCCACCACAGCAACUACUAGUACAAAAGAGGAAGAAGGUUCUACCAUCACACCGACUAAUAGAACAGCAGAGGAGGAAAGUUCCUCCAUGACACCCAGGGGUGCAAAGGAGGAGGAAGAAGAGGAUGACGACUUGUCCGGGAUCGGGGAAGAAAUCUUCAAUGUGGCCACAGGAAUCCGUAAAUUUAUCAAGGCUUGGGACGCGACCACGACCACGACCACCUGGACUGCUAGCAGCGGCCUGACAGAGACGACGGAGACGCCUCACGUGACGAUGAAGCCAGAAGAGAGCAGCAUCUCUUUACUCCAGCUGAUUGGAGAACCUCCACUAGACGAGUUCACCAGUGUCUUCGGACCAACGGGCCAGCCUGUCUAUAGGUUCACGCCUUCAGCGGUGCCGAGCCAGCCGGCUCUGGUCCAUGUCCCCAACCCUUUCUACCGCCACUUCUCCCUCCUCUUCUACAUCAAGCCCUCCACUCCCGCCGCCUCCGUCCUCUUCGCCAUCACAGACGGCACUCAGAAGAUCAUGUAUGUCGGCGUCAAGCUCAGUGCGGUCAAGUCUGGCCGUCAGAAGGUGCAGUUAUUCUACACCGAGCCCGACUCUGAGGCUUCGUACGAGGCGGCCAGCUUUGAGGUGCCGAGCAUGGUGGACACCUGGAGUCGCUUCUCACUGUCCAUCUUGGAGGACCAGGUGACCUUAUACCAAGGCUGCGACUCUGAGCCACAGGUGGUGAAGUUCGAGCGUUCGCCGGACCCCAUGGAGCUCGACUCUGCGUCGGGGAUCUUUGUGGGUCACGCAGGAGGAGCCGACAGCGACAAGUUCCUGGGUGACAUGGCAGACCUGAAAGUGGUGGGAAACCCUCAGGCAGCUGAGCGCUUAUGUGACGAUGAGGACGACUCUGACGCUGCCUCUGGUGACUUUGGUAGCGGCGAGGGCGACAGGAGGCAGACAGGAGGCAGCGUGAAGACCACCCCUCCACCUUUCCGUCCAGUGCCUGAACCUCCAUUGAUUUCCACACACAUAAACAGACUCACACAAACAGAUGUCAGGUAUCAUCCCUCCGUGGACUACAGCAGGCAGGACUACAGCAGGUCUGGAUUACUAGGCUCAAGAGGUUCCGGUGGAGCUAAAGGAGACAAAGGAGACAAAGGAGAGAGAGGCUCAAAGGGCGACCAGGGCCCCGCGGGACCAAAGGGAGACUCGGCUGUCAGCGUUGGCUCUGGAUUUUCCUCACAGGGUGGAGUCCAAGGACCGAGGGGUGAAAAAGGUGACAAGGGGGAGACUGGCAAAGUUUACCCAGGGAAAAAAGGCGAACGUGGGGCUCAGGGGCCUCCUGGACCACCUGGCCCUCCAGGACCUGCAGCUGAGGUGGUCCGACUUGGGGAUGGUUCCAUUGUGCAGCAGAUGUCCGGACCUCCUGGACCACCUGGGCCGCCAGGGUUGGAUGGGGCUGCAGGACCUCCAGGAGCUGAUGGCGAGCCUGGUGAUCCAGGAGAGGAUGGAAGAGCUGGUCCUCCAGGGCCACAGGGUGUUCCAGGAGUUCCAGGACUUCAGGGUGCCAAAGGCGAAAAGGGUGAACGUGGAGAGGGUCAGCCUGGACCCAGAGGCCCCCCAGGUCCACCAGGACCUCCUGGACCUGGUACUGGUGAUCGUCCAACAUUUGUUGACAUGGAGGGCUCAGGAUUCCCAGACUUGGAUAAAAUCCGGGGUCCACGUGGUCCGCCUGGCCUCCCGGGUCCUCCUGGCCCUCCUGGGAUCCCUGGUACUUCAGUGGCUGUGGGAUCCAAUGGUCCAAUAGCUGUUGGACCUGCUGGACCACCGGGACAAGAUGGUGCCCCUGGUUUGCCAGGACCCCCUGGUCCUCCUGGUCUACCUGGUCCACCUGGACCCAGGGGAGAAAAGGGUGGUAGUGGUGACCUCGGUCUUCCAGGACCAUCUGGAGAAAAGCAAGACACGCAAGGCUCCAACAUUUUCACCGGCUUGUUGUCUUUCUUUACUCCAUCCUCUACGGGUUCUCAGGGUGAACCAGGACAGAUGGGCACAUCAGGACAGAUUGGUCUUGCAGGGCUUCCAGGUCCAAUGGGACCAGUGGGACCACCAGGACCCCCUGGACCACCAGGGCCACCGUACCGCAUUGGCUAUAGUGACCAAGAUGGAUAUGAGGUACUCAAUGGCUUGCCUGGACGCAGAGGUGAACCUGGACCACAGGGCCCACCUGGUGUUGCAGGUCAUCCUGGAAAUCCAGGGUUAUCAGGCAUACCUGGUAGCAAGGGAGCAGAAGGACCACGAGGACCUCCCGGGUUCCCGGGGCUGGACGGUUCGCCUGGAGAAAAGGGUUCAAAGGGAGACAGAGGCGAGAAAGGAGAGAUGGGUUUGCCAGGACGAGAUGGUGGACCACCUGGACCUCCAGGGCCUCCCGGACCUCCAGGGCAGAUCAUCUACCAGCCAGGAGGAGAUUAUAAUGACCUUUUUUGGAAUGAAGCAGGGCAGAUUGGAUCGGGCAUUCCAGGCAGGGCAGGAUUCCCAGGCCCAAUGGGACCGAAAGGGGACAAAGGGGACCGAGGUCUGCCAGGAUAUGCACCUAAGGGAGAGAAAGGAGAGCCCGGCAUCAUCAUGGGGGAUGAUGGGAGACCUCUGUACCUGGGAGGCUUAACAGGAUCGCCGGGUGAGAGAGGAAGUCCUGGUCCAAUGGGAAUUAUGGGUCCACAGGGUCCUCAAGGCCAGAAGGGGGAAAUUGGUUUUCCUGGCCGAGCGGGUCGACCAGGACUGAACGGUGUCAAAGGAGAGAAGGGAGAUUCAGGCAGUGGAUCUGGAUACGGAUACCCUGGACCACCAGGCCCACCAGGGCCCCCUGGGCCUCCUGGACCUCCUGUUCCCAUUGACAGGCUCGGAGUGAGUCCAGAUGGAUAUGAUUACUCCAGGUAUUAUGCUGCUAAAGGAGAGAAAGGAGAUCGGGGACCACCAGGGACACUUGAAAUUCCAGGUUUUGGGUCACAUGUUGACAUUUAUACUUUAAGGAAUGAGCUAAAAGGUGAAACUGGCUUGAAAGGAGAGAAAGGAGAACCGGGUGGAGGAUAUUAUGACCCCCGGUAUGGAGGAAGUGGAGCCGGAGCCCCAGGAGUGCCUGGACCUCCAGGCCCUAAAGGAGACUCCAUUAUUGGCCCAACAGGCCCUCAGGGGCCACCUGGACCUCCUGGAAGAGGGUAUGAUGGACCACCUGGACCACCAGGGCCACCUGGACCUCCAGGACCAUCACUGGAUGGAACUUACAGAGGCACACAGACUAUCAGUAUCCCUGGACCACCGGGACCUCCCGGAGCUCCUGGACUCCCUGGUCUCUCCUCUGGAGUGACAGUGUUGAGGUCUUAUGAAACCAUGACGGCUACAGCUAGAAGACAACCUGAGGGCUCUCUGGUGUACCUUCUAGACCAAACAGAUCUCUACCUACGAGUCCGAGACGGAGUUCGUCAAGUCCAGCUUGGGAGUUACAUUGCUUUCCCCACGGAGGAUGGCAAUGAGGUUGCUGCUGUGGAGCCUCCACCAGUGGUCCCUUAUUCCCCAGACCACCAUUCCAACACUGGCACCAACACUGGCUACUUCAACAAGCCACCUGAGAGUCCGGCCCAACCCCAUGCACAGCCUGACUAUCAACCAUCUUACCUCGAUCCCCGAUACCACCCUGAUUUGCGGUAUCAGCCAGAACCCCAGUAUCCAGAACAAACAGAUCCCAGGUUUCCAAGUUAUACAGACCGGCUAAACCAACCUGACGAAAGGCAUUAUGCUGUGGACUCUCGAUACCCGGUCACUACUCCACGAAGACCACCCCCACCUCGACCCCAGCUUCCGGUCCACUAUCACACUUCUGGGUCAGCGCUCCACCUGAUCGCCCUGAACAGCCCUCAGACUGGCUCCAUGCGGGGCAUCCGCGGUGCAGACUUCCUGUGCUUCACCCAGGCUCAGGCUAUUGGGAUGAAAGGAACCUUCCGGGCCUUCCUGUCCUCCAAACUCCAGGAUCUCCACAGCAUUGUCCGCAAGACCGACAGGCACAGUUUGCCGAUCGUCAACCUGAAGGACGAGGUUCUGUUUGACAGCUGGGACGCCAUCUUCAGUGACGGCAGAAUGAAGGACAACGUGUCGAUCUAUUCAUUUGAUGGCAAGGAUGUUCUUCACGACAGCACAUGGCCAGAGAAGAUGGUCUGGCACGGGUCAACCAGCAGAGGUGAGCGGCACGUCGACAGCUUCUGUGAGACGUGGCGUGUGGGCGACCGGGCGCUGACCGGCAUGGUGUCGCCGCUGCAGAGCGGCGGUCUGCUGCAGCAGAGCUCCAGCAGCUGCUCGAGCUUGAACAUCGUGUUGUGCAUCGAGAACAGCGCCGGUCACGCCAAAAGAUAGAUGCACACACUUUGACAAUGUUUUACACACACCCACACACACUCACUGAUCUGCCUUUGUACUGUAAAUAUGAAUUUUUCAAAGAAUAAUUAGUUUAUGUAUGUUAACCCGUACUUUAUGGUGCUACACAGGAUUACCCACGCAAGUUAAGCUCAGGUGACCGACUGUAACUCAAUCUAUGACAGCCAUAUUGGUGCAGCUUCAUUGCCAUUUAUUUAAUGUUUAAAAGUUUUUAGCUAGCAGUCACUGUAAUGAACAUAAGCAUGCUUGGUUUUAGCAGUUUGUGCACCACAAAAGGAGGAGGUUGAUAAAUGUUCCAGUAAUUAAAAGAGACAGGAAUACUAAACAGAGUUCCUCGUUGGUCAGUUUUGAGAAAGAAUUCUGCUCUGUGGCUGUAACAGAAUAAAGUCCGUAUCUGGUCUUAUUCUGAAAGGACAAGCUGCUGUUAAAGUGCCAUUUUUAUCUCGGCUGUUUUGAAGGAAAGGUUGAAGUAUUGUCAUGACCUUGGUGUUGGUGGCAGGAGCAGCGGUGGUGGCAUCUGCUCCACAAAAACUUUAAUGUUGGCCACAGCUCCAGAACAAUGUGACCUAGGAUGUUUAAAUUACAACAAUAGAUGCAUACUGUUCAAGCUAGACCCCCCCAUUACAAAUCCAAAGCAGCCAAGCAUGGGCGCUUUCUCAGCAGUGUUAAAUCCUGUGACCCGCUCAUCUAUGUGACACAACAGCAGAGAAAACACCACAAGGAGAGGGGAUAUUCUGUACCACUAGAAAUGAUGUCUGAACCACUGCAGUGUUGAUUUUUGUGUCUCUGGGCUGAAAGCAGUAUAAAAAUGCUCUUAAUAAUAUUUCUUGUGCCUUUAACUCCACAGCUAGAUUUUUUUAUAUUGAGUGGAAAAUGUAUAUUGGACAAAAAAAUCUGAUCAUAUUAAUGUAAUAUUCAGAGUCCAAGUGCAAACUAAGCAUUAAGCUUUUGUAUGUGAAAUGUAUGUUUUUAGCUUCUUUACACUGAUUUUACCUGUAAUCCACUCGCUUUCAUUCGCUUCAAGGGAAGAUGUUUUCAAAUUGUAUUUUUAGCCAUAACAAAGGGAUAUUUAUUUUUUCUGAAUUCUGCUUCUUCUGCUUCGCCUAUAAUGUGUGACGCGAGUCCGGUAAAUGUGCAAAGUAAGAAUGAGUUUGUUUGCGCUCAUAGGAAGCAAACAAAUGAAAUUGUGUUCAUACAUCUGACGAGGAUUCAGCCAUAAAUGUGUUGUGCACUGUUGCUGUUUUUCUUUUUGUUUUGUUUGCUCAUUCUCCAGAGGAGAGGAUUCAGCCCCUUCAUUUGCUAACAGAGGUGUAACAAAUGCAGUGAGAUGUGUAUUAAUUUUUGUGUCUUCUGUCAUGUGAGUGUCACAGUGAAAUGCUGUGUCUCUUUAAAUAAACUUGU